CUCUGCUAUUUCUAUCGCAUCUCGCAGGAGCGCGAAUCUCUCAAUGCCAGCAUUGUGGAUGCCAUCAACCAGGCUUCAUACUGCUGGGGCAUCCGGUGCCUGCGCUACGAGAUUAAGGACAUCCAUGUGCCCCCUCGCGUGAAGGAAUCCAUGCAGAUGCAGAUGGAGGCAGAGCGACGGAAGCAGGCGACAGUGCUGGAGUCGGAGGGCACCCGGGAAUCUGCCAUCAACGUGGCCGAGGGGCAGAAGCAGGCCCAGAUCCUGGUAUCGGAAGCUCAAAAGGCCGAACAGAUCAACAAAGCUGCUGGAGAAGCCAACACCAUGCUGGUCAAAGCCCAGGCCAAGGCUGAGGCUAUUCAGCUCCUGGCAGCUGCUCUGGCACAGCAGCACGGCAGCGCAGCCGCUAUCUCCGUGGCCGAGUAGUAUGUGAGCGCCUUCUCCAAGCUGGCCAAGGACUCCAACACGCUCCUGCUGCCAGCCAGCACCAGCAACGUCACCAACAUGGUCACACGGACACUGGGCAUCUACAGCACACUGAGCAAGCUGCAAGCCCUGAAGAUUCAGGAUGAGAAACCUCCAGCUCCCAAGGGCCUGCAGGUGCCCAGCACAGAGGUGCCGAAGGUGGAGCAGGUGAACUCCAGCUAGCAGGGCUGGAGGGACACUGAACAUGCUGCUGUGGCAGCUUCCCCCAGGGAGGGGUCUGAGCCCAGGG